AGUUGGAGCUUCAGAAAACAUACUGCAAUUGCGUUCCGCUUUAUAAUCUUGAAGUAGUUAAAAAGCGCACGAAACUAAAACGGAACGCAGUACACUUCCAUUACGUCAUAGCAGAGAGGUUCCUCUCUGAUCAUAGCAUGAGCACUCGGAAUAAAUAAAGGAAACUCCUAGUAUACUACAGUGCUCACUCGGGAGAGCCACUUUUCAUUGCGUUUGCCUGCCUGUGUCAUGGCUUCGGACGCUCAGUGUUUACAUGCGGAACGUCAGAUCGAUAUCCUGUGCACACGCACGAGUGCAUUUGACCGACGAGCUUCUAACGGUGCGUGAAGGUGCUCGCACACCUGUUUGAUUUACCGUUGUACGAUUAAAUAGACGGUUAGACGUGUCGACGAGGAGGGAAGAAAGAAGAGAGACGGAAAAACGAAAGCGAGAGUGGGAAAGAAGGGAUGCCGGCAAGGCGAUGGACCAUCUGCAGUGGCUCGUAGUUCUGUACUGACGCGUAGAUAUAACCAGGAAAAGUAGUUUUCCCGCGUGUGCGGCAGGGUCUAUGGGAUACAACGUCGCCAACUGGGAGAUGAUACGCACGAGGGAGGAAAAGCUGAGUCUCGACGGAGCUGAGGAUCAACAUACGAUUAUGAACAACAUGGUAGACGCGAGGGCCUGUUACAAGCCCAGCGGCAAAUCAUGGUUCCGCGGCGUGCGAAGUAGCAAAUUUCGGCAUGUUUACGGCGUACCAGCCAAGCGGGAAAAAUGUUAUGAUAACAUCAAGAUCACGAAGAACGCUCACGACUCGCAAUUCUGCGCCGUAAACCCGAAGUUCCUGGCUGUGGUGACGGAGGUCGCGGGUGGCGGAGCGUUCCUGGUGUUAUCGCUGGAUCGCACCGGUCGUCUUGACUUCAACGCCAGUCGAGUAACUGGACACACCGGUCCCGUUUUGGACAUUAAGUGGAAUCCGUUCAACGACAACAUCAUUGCGUCCUGCAGUGACGAUUGCACUAUAAAACUGUGGCAUAUACCGGAUGGUGGACUAGCGAGAAACUUGACCGAGUGGCUGGUGGAGUUGCAAGGACACAAACGACGCGUCGCUUAUAUCGAAUGGCAUCCCGUAGCGGAGAACGUGCUCUUCAGCGCCGGCUUCGAUCAUCUUGUUAUCGUAUGGGAUGUGAACAGAUGUGAGGCAGUCAGUGUCAUCGAUAGGCAUCCUGAUGUGAUUUAUAGCAUAUCUUUAAAUCGCGAUGGCAGCUUAUUGGCGACUACUUGCAAGGAUAAAAAAUUACGCGUUUUCGAACCGAGAUCUGGUAUCGUGGUUUCGGAAGGGAUAUGCCACGCUGGCACGAAAGCCAGCAAGGUGGUAUUCCUUGGCAGUUCCGGGCGCCUUUUGACUACUGGAUUUAGCAGACAUUCAGAUCGACAAUAUGCGAUAUGGAGUCAACAUGACCUAACUGUUCCACUAACGUGCGAGACGAUAGAUUCGUCGAGCGGAGUGGUUUUUCCGUUUUACGAUAAUGAUACCAAUAUGGUAUUCUUAGCUGGAAAGGGUGAUGGUAAUAUUCGGUAUUAUGAAGUGGUUAACGAAGCACCUUGGAUGCAUUAUCUCAGUCAAUUUAUAUCAGGAAAUCCUCAGAGAGGAUUAGGAGUAAUGCCGAAAAGAGGUAUCAGUACCUCUAUAUGUGAGGUAUUCAGAUUUUACAAGUUACACGCGACUCGUGGAAUGUGCGAACCGAUCUCUAUGAUAGUACCACGAAAGAGUGAUCAGUUCCAAGAAGAUCUGUAUCCUGAUACGAUUGGAACAUGUCCCGCAUUGUCGGCUAGAGACUGGAUCAGCGGCAUGAAUAGUCCACCGAUUUUAAUCUCUCUUAAAACAGGUGGAAGCAUCUCUACACAUAAACCACGGAUAUACAAACCACCACAAUUGCCUCCUACUACUGAUCUAAAUAAUAAAAAAAAAUUUGCAUUCUUGUCUACGGAAACGAUACCCGAUUAUAGGCCGGUGGAACUUCACGACAUGUCGGAGAAGAGCCAAAAGACAUCCAGCAAUCAAAGCACAAAGUUCCAGCAACUUCAACAAAAAUUUGGGAACGUUGCUAUACAGAAGAAUAUUAUAUCAUCCUCGCUUAACGACAAUAAAGUUAUGGAGACUGUGGAUGUUCCGAACAACGAAGCGGAACUUCGAUUGGCAUUCGCUCGCCAAACCGAUGAAUUGAGAUUGGUACGACGGCAACUCGCUAACAGUCAACUACGUGUUAAGGAAUUAGAGGACCAAAUACGAAAAUUACAGCGCCAUUAAGACUCGCAUACUCGCUUUGCAAUAUUGGCUUCGAAAUGAGAUUUUUACAGCUUUACCACUAGAUAUGAUUAGCAACCGGUACUUAAAGUUUACAGAGCAUUUACGCACCGCUAACAAUAUAAAUAUAAAAAGCCUAAGCUUUCGAAAACUUUGUACUAACACGCUUAGGGGAUUUUAGCUUUGUUAUAUUAUACACAAAGAAAUAUUCGCACAGAGAGAGAGCAAUUUUUAUUAACUUUUUCUUAGAAUAUCUACAAUUUUUAUGUAGAGUAAAAUUUUUCGCGUUGAUAUUGAUCACGAGGGAACAGAAAAGAGCUGCAUUUGUUACAUGAAAAUUGUACCUGUUCAUACACAAUUUAGAUAGCGUAAGUUGGAUGUUUGCGCGUAUAAACCGAUAUGAGGAAUUGUGUAUAAUAUCAUUAAGAAGGCAAGAUGAACACGAUACCUUUAGAGAAGUGGCAGCUAAAAGAAUUCAUGAUGUUAAACAAUAUAUUUUAUUUUUUUCGAAAAU